UCAAGACUUAUCGGUAAUGAAGAGAAAUUAAGGCCAUUGGCCAUGCAUGCCUCUUGAGGCGUGAAUUUGAUUUCUCCGGAUUAGAAUUUUGCAGCAAGCUAGAUAAGAGAGUGAGAGAUGUGAAGAGGAAUUCGAAUUCUGUAAAAUACAGCAAGUGGGCUGAGAUGGUGGCGCCGGUUCCAGAUGAAGCCACGUCCGCCGAAGUGCAUGUGACGGCACUAAACUGUAUCAGCAUCUCGGAUCCUGACAUCCAGAAAUCCAUUUCACUUCUGAAGCAGGCGUGCCUAUAGAUUCUGGAUUUUUCUAUGUAAUUGAUCAUGGCAUUAGCCAGGAAUUCAUGAAUGAGGUUUUCUUCCAGAGUACAAAGUUUUUUGCUCUACCUUUGCAUAAAAAAAUGGAGCUGUUUCGUAAUGAAAAGCUUCGAGGUUAUACACCCACACUUGAUCAGACUCUGGAUCCCGAAAAUCAAGUUCAGGGUGACUUGAAAGAAGGAUAUUACAUAGGUGUUGAAGUGCCUGAAGAUGAUCCUGAUGCAAAAAAACCCUUUUAUGGUCCAAAUCAGUGGCCUUCAGAAGAUAUUUUACCUGGCUGGAGGCAGGUUAUGGAGCAGUACCACAAUGAGGCCUUGAGAGUGUCCAGGGAAAUUGCUAAGAUUAUAGCUCUUACACUUGAUUUAGAUGCUGGCUUCUUUGAUAAACCAGAAAUGCUUGGUGAGCCCCUGGCGACAUUGAAGCUUCUUCACUAUGAAGAUAAAAUUUCUGAUCCUGCAAGGGGAAUAUAUGGAUGUGGUGCUCAUUCUGAUUUUGGUUUGAUUAAUCUCUUGGCCACUGAUGAUGUGGCCGGUCUUCAGAUAUGCAAGAAUAAGGAUGCCCGACCUCGGAUAUGGGAAGAUGUUGCUCCUUUGAAAGGUGGUUUCAUUAUCAAUAUUGGUGAUUUGCUCGAGCGGUUGAGUAAUGAUGUCUUCAGAUCUACAUUGCACCGUGUUGUAUUAGAUGGACAAGAACGCUAUUCUGUUGCAUUUUUUGCGGACCCAAAGCCUGAAUGCAUUGUGGAGUGUUUGCCAUCUUGCACAUCUGAUAUGAACCCACCCAAGUAUCCUCCGAUAACGUGUUAUGCGUACAUGAACCAGAGAUACAACGAUACACAUCUAGGCCUGAAUCAUAUCAUGGACAAGAAAUGAGAUCAUAUCAUGGACAAGAAAUGAGAAAUUAAAUGCAGGUAUAGCAGGUCCAUAAAUUUCUAUUAUUCUUGUUAUGGGAAAAGGCCAAAAUUUGACAGCAACUCUAUCAGAAAGAAAAUCUGUAGAUAUUCGAAGGUGUGCCUAUUUGGGAAAUAAAAGAUUUAGUACUUAACAAUCAUGCUUUAGUUACUAGUUGCUGGUUGGGAGCUUUUGCUAUCAAUUAAGAGGUCUUGGAUUCGAGUCUUAUAUAUAUAAUGUGUGUAUGAAUUUGCUUGAAUUGAUCUAAAUAUUCUACUUGGGAUAAAUUGACUAUUUUGAGUGGUUUGUAAGAUUACUGUAUUUAAUGUGUAUAUGGUGAAAAUAAUGUUGAUACUCAUUUAAGAGCUAUGAAAUGUGGCUUGAGGCUGUAUUUGAAUU